GUCGCGUACAUGAAGCCUUCAAGCUGUGCAAAAACAUCUGUCUUCCUAGGUCACACACCGGCCAAGCGAAACUCUAUUAACACUUUCAUCUUUCGGUGUACAAAAGGCAUGUCCGUUAACCCGUGUGCCACCGGGCGAUAUGACAACUGGGUGCGCUCGUGUGAGAUCUGAAGAUAGAAGCUACUCACGGUUGAUUUAUCAAUCCAAAAGCGACAACCAGCCGCAGAUAAUGAUAUACCGCCGGAUAGCUGUAUAAGCCUGUAAUCUUUCUCCCGCCCGAGGAGAGUAUGUCUAUCGUACUGUCAAUGACGAGGGAGAGAAGACAAGAGAAGUAAUGAACUUGCACCCGCUGCCUACGUAACUGUGUUUAAGAACCUCGAUCGUUGUGAUCGAAAAGCGGCGUUCAGCGCGACGAUCUGGUGACAGGCUUCUUGUCAUCAGUCCGGCUGAAUGAAGCAACGCGAACCUUUGAUCGCACCCAUUUCCCGUCCCUAUAAAUCCAUC